AUGGUGAUUAUGCCCACAGGUGGAGGCAAGUCACUUGUUUUUCAGUUGCCAGCAGUCUGUAACCACAAACCAGCCGUUGUUGUAUCCCCAUUAAUUGCACUAAUUAAUGAUCAAAUAACUGACCUAAGGUCUAGGGGAGUUGAAGCUGUAUCCUUUACAGGAGAGAAGGGCAGUACACGAAGGCAGCAAAUUCUUUACAAACUGCGGUCUGGGGAUCCAGAUUUAAAACUUAUUUACACCACCCCUGAAACACUGAAUCGGGAUGUUGUGUUUAAAGAAAUCGUGAAGACAAUGGAUGAAAAAGAUUUGAUUUCUUAUCUGAUUUAUGAUGAGGCACAUUGCAUCAGCCAGUGGGGCAAUGGUUUCAGGCCUGACUAUUUAGCUGUUGCAGAAAUGAGUAAGAUUCUUGUACCAAAAGCACCCACUAUUUUAUUGUCUGCAACCGCAACGCAAGAUGCUAUUGCUGACAUCAAAUAA